UUUAGACUUUCCUCUGCUACUUACCAAAGAAGACAAUAAAAAUUGCAAAUAUAUAGACUUUCUCACACUUUGUCAACUUAGAAAAUUUCUUGGAAAUCAAUCUAUAAUAGGCGUAUUAACUUUUUGUUCUAUCAUUGAUUAAUAAUUUGUGGGGUAUCUAAUUAUUAUUAUUAUUGAAAGUGAUUUUCUGAUAAAAAUGUAGCUCCUAUCUCUGUUAUCUUUCUCAACACGGAAAUGAGGGUUUACUGUAGGAAAAUUUUCCUUUUUAUAUUGGCUAAUUUAUGUGUUUCUUCUAUGUUAAGUACUUAAUUAAUUUGGUAGCUAUAAUUUUUCUCUCUCUAUAUAUAGAACUGCAAUUCUUGUUAAAUGUUGCUCACUUUCUGCAAAUUAGUGUUGUUUGAGGUAAGCAUGCUUUCUGUCUUCUCUAUGAGAACAUGGUUUCUUUCUUAUCAUUGGGUGAAAUGUUUUAAAGGUUAUAUAUAGUUGAGAAAAUUGCUUCUUGCUCUUUUGGUAUUUGGAUUUUGAACUUGUUAGAAACUUAGAGCUUGUUCCUUUCUUAUUUUGAGUUAUUCAAGAUGAAAUAGUAAUUCUAAAAUUAGUAAUUGUGUGAAGCACUUAAUUGGAGCAGUUUGUAGUUGCUGAUAUUCGAUUGACCUGUUUCAAGUUUGUUGUGUUAUAUUGAAUUCGAUUCGAUGAUCGUUCUUGGUCUGCCUUUCACUCUCCGUUUUUUUUCUUGGGGUGAUCUUAGGUGAGUCUUAGACAUAAAAUUUCGUAGAUUACUAGUAUAUAGACACAGAAUAAAGGUAUUGAGCUCCAAGAAGUAUUUUGUCUAUUCUUGUUUGCACUCUGGGUAAAGAUUAUUGUAGUUGUUUAAAGAAGCAGAAAAAUUGAGUUAAUGAGAUGAACUUAUGGUGCCAUGAAAAUGAACUCUAUUCCACAAAUUGCAGAUUCCUAUUUUGCAAGGUCGUCAAUGAAUCUCAAACUCCCAUGUACAAGAAGAGCUGUGUAUAAGGGGUUUUGGCAUUUCCAUGAAUUGAUAUGAACUUGUCUUCCUAACAAAUUGCAGUUGCUUUUUUUUUUGUUUCAUUUUCUGUCAAAUUGUUGCAAGUAAUCCGAAUUAGAAGAACUUGCAAUGACUUGAAUCAUGUAUCGAUUUUCAAAUGUUUUAGGCUUGAUAUUCCAAUCCACGGUAUAUGGAUAUGGAGUUGCCAAAAUGAUUAAUUGAUGGUUUCAGUGGCUUCUAACCGAAUAAUGAAACUGUAAGUGAUUAAUUGAACUGAGGAUUGGUGUGGCUAUGCUUUUGAUAUGGAAAACACAAUGAUUUUAGUGUGAGUUUGCAUGAACUGCACCUAAGCCCGAUGUUGUAUUACUCUCUGUAAUAAUUUGUAUAUCAUGGCGUUUCUGUAACUGUACUUUUCUUGUUUCACUCCUAAUGUUAUUUAUAGGUAAUCCCUUGUUAUCUUCUUUUUGUAUUUUAGUUACAUUUGUCAGUAUGUGAUGGUUCUAUCAACUGUAUGUUUUGGCAGCGCCAUGUUAAUGGCUUUAUUUGUGCAAUAUCAUAACUCAAUCUUUCUUCCAUCUGAGAAAUUUUGGCUUGAGUGUGAGUCUGAUUGCAAGUGACAUGAGCAAGUUAUUUUGAAUCAUAUCCUUCUGAUAUAGCUUUCCUCUUAGUUCUUCUACAGUUGAUGCCGUUGAUUAAUUUGUACACUCUAGAUGACGUUUAUAUCCUUAUAUGUAUCAACUGGUGACGAAAUGGUCUAUUGUUCCACUUGUUGGGUAGUAGACCAAUAUGUGUUAUUUUCACCCUUUUCAAAAGUUAUGUUAUGAUGAAUUUCACACUAAAUUAGUUUCCUCUGGAAUAUACAGGGGCUGAUUGUUGCAGGCUUGUAGAAAAUUGUCAACUACGUUGAGUCAGUUGACAACAGCCGAAUUGAUUUUGAGAAUUAGUUACCAAGAACCAAUUGGUGACUUAAAGCAUUUGAAAGCAAGAACACAGAUUAUGGGGGGCAAGCAAUCCACAAGCUCGCAAAGGCACCAAUCUUCACCUUAUGAUUGUGCAUCAUCCUCAUCAUGGGGUUCUAAGGAGAAUAAUCGUGACUCAGUCAUGCAAAUGCCAUCUGACAUGAGAAACAGAGUACAAGGAAGAUAUUCUCACAUUGCCGAUAACUACCAAUCACUUGGGCAGGUGACAGAGGCACUAGCCCAUGCUGGUCUUGAGUCUUCCAAUCUGAUUGUAGGCAUCGAUUUUACAAAAAGUAAUGAAUGGACCGGUGCAAGAUCAUUCAAUCGCCGUAGCUUGCAUCACAUUGGAAACACUCCCAAUCCUUAUGAACAAGCAAUUUCCAUAAUUGGACGAACCUUAUCUGCUUUUGAUGAAGAUAACCUGAUCCCUUGUUUUGGGUUUGGAGAUGCAACAACCCAUGACCAGGAUGUGUUCAGUUUCUAUCCAGAUGAGAGGAUGUGCAAUGGAUUCGAGGAAGCUCUGGGACGUUAUAGAGAGAUAGUUCCAAAUCUUCGAUUAGCUGGGCCAACAUCCUUUGCACCAAUAAUUGAAUCAGCUGUGAAUAUUGUCGAGAAGAGUGGUGGACAGUACCAUGUUCUUUUGAUAAUUGCUGAUGGACAGGUAACUAGAAGUGUUGAAACUGAGCAGGGGAAUCUUAGUCCCCAAGAGGAGGACACUGUUAAUGCUAUUGUGGAAGCCAGUGAAUUUCCCCUGUCAAUUAUCUUGGUGGGUGUUGGUGAUGGGCCAUGGGACAUGAUGCGUCAAUUUGACGACAAUAUCCCUGCUCGUAAUUUCGAUAAUUUCCAGUUUGUGAAUUUUACUGAAAUAAUGUCAAAGAACAUCCCUCCUGCAAGGAAGGAGGCAGAAUUUGCGUUAGCAGCCCUAAUGGAAAUACCAUCACAGUACCAGGCCACUUUGGAGCAUGGGAUAUUGGGUCGUCCAAAAGGGAAGUCUUAUGGCAGGGUUCCUCUCCCACCACCAAGUGUGUCACGUAAUUCAGCUUAUUUGGGGUCAAAUUAUUCACGCCCAAGCAGCUUUGAUCAAAGUGGUGGUGGUUAUCAGAGCUCUGCCCCACCAUCUCAACAAUGGAAUAGUCAGGUAAGAAUUACCAUGGGCUACUUAGAAAAUUUUGAGCUUUACAAAUUACUCUGGAAUUUAAAGUUCACGGCUUUACUAAUUUGACCUGCUUAUCUUUAUUUUCUCAGAAGUUUACAAAUGUAUGAUUUUGCGCUUAGGCUUGAAACUUAGGUCCCGUUGUUUUGAUUUAGAGUUUGCAUUAGGAGUGGUUUACAGGAUUUAAAGGUUUGUUGGAUUCUGUUUGUCCCCAGGAUAAAUGGCUCUGCGAUCAUGGAUUUAGUGUCACCACUCUUGUAUUCAUCUAGCUAAAAAAAAAAGGGUAAUUUUAAAAGAAACCAUUAAGAUCCAAAUCUUAAAUCUUAACUGCAGUUAGAACCAGGUUUAUAUAUUUCAAGCUACACAGUGGAAUAAUAUGUUUUGCGUUACUUAUGGUUUCCAUAUCUCCUCCUCGUGGAAUUCAAUUUGUCCUUUUGUAGGUUUUGAUGAUUUCGUCUCCCUCUUGUGAAUAAACAUGUGAGUAGUUAAUUUAUACCGAUGAAAAAUUCUUUAUUCUAGUGAAAAUGCUUUUUUGUGAAUAGAUGUGUCCGAUGUGUAUCUCUAACACCAAAAAUCUAGCAUUUGGUUGUGGCCAUCAGGUAAAUGAUAAAUCCCAAUUCCAUCUCUCUCUCUC